AUGGCGUUCACGGUGAAUUAUACCGGCGCCCGCGGACGAUUGAGGGCCUACGUGGUGACGCCCUCGGGACGUGAAGAACCCGCAGUAGUUCAUCCAGUCGAUAUCGAUCAAAAUGCCGUGAGAUUCACUCCACAGGAGAAUGGACCACAUCUGGUUCAUGUGCUACUGGAUGAACGACCAAUUCCUGGAAGCCCCUUCCGAGUCAUUGUUGGUCAAGAUGAUUUUAGCGACCCUGGUCUGGUGCUUGCAUCUGGAGAAGGUUUAGUGCGCGGUAUUGUUGGUAAGUACUCAUGA